UACUGUAUAAAGCACAUGAGCACCCAAAAGUAGAGUCUCUGUUUUUAAUCCACUUUAUCCCCUAUAUAAUUUCUUCCUUUUUGAAACAUCUUGGUUCUUUCUGCACCUUUCUAUCUCUAUUAUUUUCUUCCCUGAUUUCUACUUCUCGAUGUCUUACUUUGAGGGCACCCCUCAGAGGUCAGUUGUCUGUUCUCUUUUUUCUGAUCUUUUCUGAUGAAGAAUUAGAUCUUCUGGCUUCCUCUGUCACUGUCACACAAAUGGCUCACAAAUUUGUUGGUUGCCCUGACCUCUUUCCUGGGUUCCUCUUAAUUGGAUCUUACUGGCUUCCUACAAUUUCUACUGGACAUACACACCCACACUUCCAUAAUGAUUUCAUGUGUUCAGUUUCAGAAGAAAACAUUAGGAGGAGACUGAUCCGUGUUAGAUUUUUACGUUGCCAAGCAUUGAUAUUUAAGGAAACACUCAAACUCACCAUGGACUACACUUCAUACAGAACAGGACAUUUUAACCAAAAAGCUUAAAAAGAGUACAAUAGAAUUUAAAAAGACGUAGCUUCAGACAUAACACAAUAGCACAAUGGUGGGCGAAGACAUGUCUCUAAGAAAACGGCUGUCAAAGUCCAGUGAAAAUCCGGAAGAAAAGGAAGACCAGGGAAACCCUACGCAGCAGUCCCUAGAGACACCCACAAAUGGCAGGGUCGACAUCAAGCAGUUGAUAGCAAAGAAGAAACAGUUGACUGCAGAGGCAGAGGAGUUAAAGCCAUAUUUUAUGAAGGAAGUUGGCACUCACUUUGACGAUUUUGUGACCAAUCUCAUUGAAAAAUCAGCAUCGUUGGACAGUGGUGGAUGCGCUCUCACGACCUUUUCUGUCCUGGAGGGAGAGAACAACUACAGAGCUAAAGAUCUGAGAGCACCUCCAGAACAUGGAAAGAUUUUUAUUUCAAGGCGAUCCCUCUUAGAUGAGCUGUUCGAGGUGGACCACAUCAGAACAAUAUAUCACAUGUUCAUUGCCCUCCUCAUUCUCUUUGCCCUCAGCACCCUUGCGGUAGAUUACAUCGAUGAAGGGAGGCUGGUGCUUGAGUUCAGUCUUAUAUUUUACGCUUUCGGCCAGUUCCCCGUGGUCAUGUUCACAUGGUCGGCCAUGUUCUUGAGUGUGCUUGCUGUGCCCUAUUUCAUCUUCCAGCGCUGGGCCAGAAGCUACAGGGAGAGCGCGCACCCGGUGAUGCACACUUUCUUCCACGGCUUGCUGUUCGUCGCCUUCCAGUCUGCCGUUCUAGGGUGCGGGCCCACAUACGUUGUGUUGGCGUAUAAGCUGCCCCCCGCCUCCCGGUGCAUUAUUAUAUUUGAACAGAUCCGUUUCAUAAUGAAGGCCCAUUCAUUUUUCAGAGAAAACGUGCCUCGGGUGCUGAGUUCAGCUAAGGAGAAAUCAAGCACCAUCCCAGUGCCCACAGUCAACCAGUACUUGUACUUCUUGUUCGCGCCUACCCUCAUCUACCGGGACAGCUAUCCCAGGACCCCCACUAUCAGAUGGGGUUACGUCGUUACGCAGUUUGCCCAGGUGUUCGGCUGCUUGUUUUACAUGUACUACAUCUUCGAAAGGCUCUGCGCCCCCCUGUUUCGGAAUAUCAAGCAGGAGCCCUUCAGUGCUCGUGUUCUGGUCCUUUGUAUAUUUAACUCCAUGUUGCCAGGUGUACUGGCACAGUUACUUGUUUUUUUUUCCUUUUUGCACUGUUGGCUCAAUGCCUUUGCUGAGAUGUUACGCUUUGGCGACAGAAUGUUUUAUAAGGAUUGGUGGAACUCCACCUCCUACUCCAACUACUACCGGACCUGGAACGUGGUGGUGCAUGACUGGCUGUACUACUAUGCCUACAAGGACUUCCUCUGGUUAUUCAGUAAGAGAUUCAAGACCGCGGCCAUGUUAGCUGUCUUUGCCGUGUCUGCCGUCGUGCACGAAUAUAUUUUGGCUGUUUGCUUGAACUUCUUCUACCCAGUGCUCUUCGUGCUCUUCAUGUUCUUUGGAAUGGCUUUCAACUUCAUCGCCAAUGACAGUCGGAAAAGGCCAAUUUGGAACGUCAUGAUGUGGACGUCCCUUUUCGCAGGCCAAGGAGUCCUCCUGUGCUUUUAUUCUCAAGAGUGGUAUGCGCGUCAGCACUGUCCUCUGAAAAAUCCAACAUUUUUGGAUUACAUCCGGCCACGCUCCUGGACUUGCCGUUACGAAUUUUAGAAGCUUGGACUUGGUUUAUUCCUUGACACUGAAGAUUGGCUAUUCUGCCUGAUUUGGGGCCAGUGUCUCUUUCCAGCGGUUACCAAUGAAGUGCUUUGUUAUUCGCGGACCACGCCAGACCCGACAGAUGAUGACUCACCCCAUUCCCAGGUCGUCUGGAGCUGAGCUGUUGGACAUUUACUGGAAUUAUGUACACUUAAGCAGUACUUUUUUUGGGGGGCAGGGGGUUGGGGGAGAAGGAAGCCUUAUAACUAACAUAAUGACAGAUUUUUGCUGGGUCAUAUUAGCUUAAGCCUCAGAAAUGAUAUCUGUGUUGUUUCUUGACUGUCUAAUCAGAGACUAAACAUCAUGUUUUCUUGGCCACUGAAUUAGCCAAAACACUUACAAAGAAGUCAUUGAAAUACCUCUGGCUUAGAAAUUUUUUCAUGCACACUGUUGGAAUGCAUGUUGAUUAAGCAUGCAAUUGGGAAAGAAGAGAAAAUUUGGAAUGUUUUUCUAUUUCUAGUAGAAAGAGAGAAAAUACCUACUUUCUAAAGAUAAUCUUAUUGUAUAUCCUAAUUUUUUUUUUUUUGAAGUUUGACUCUAUCCCAGUUUUAUCUUCUUUUCACUAAACAGUGUAGGUCAUGGUUACUGUGAAGCAAAAUUAUACCUUUCACCUCAAAUUCUUGAGUAUGAUUUCAUAAUAUUAUACCUUGAGAUGAACAGAAGUAGGAAGGGAAAGAGAAAGAAGGCACAGGACAAAAAAAUGUCUUUUUAUAACUUGGAGAGUAAUUUUUUAAAACGACUUGCAGAAUCAGUCAAGCGUUUAAAUUACUUUAUCACAGAACUUUAAGUUAUUUAAAAUAUCCUUUGGUACAGUUAUUUUGUUGUCUAAUAAAUACUGACUUGAAUUAUUUUGCAGGCUAGUAAGCCUGUAACAGAAGUGUUAAUCACCUCCAUUAAUGUUAUAUUGAUUAUUAAAGAUCCAGAAGCUGGCUUCUGUAUUGGUUCGAUUAUUGUACUUUUAAUGGUAGUAGGGUUUCGAUGAAACAAACUGCUGUGUGAUCAUUUUCAAGAACAUGUACCCUGUUGUGUGGUGUUCCUGUGUUAUGAGAUGCCCAUUGCUAGUGGUGAGUGGUGCAGCGGAAUGAUUUUGUCUGUAUGUCUGAGGGGUGGUCGUGUUCGUAAAGAUUGAGCAUUGCAAGGAAUGUCAGAGACCUUGUAUGUGGUUCAGCUCUCCACCCAAAGAAGUAAGACGUAAAUUAUUCAAGAGAUGGUUGUUACUUGGAAUAGCCCAUCUGAUGGGCUCUCUUGGUAUUCUAGCAGGCCUCCUGCUGUCCAGAAAUUUUUGGAAGUCUUUUCUGAGUUAUUUUAAAGGUGGUUGGAGCCUCACAAGAAGUUAAGAAGAGUUUCUUAAUAGUCACAACUUAAUUUAUACUACAAGUACCCACUUCAGUCACCUAUUUUAUUCCCCGUACUUUAGGUCCAAAUGAAGUUAGGCAGUUUUUACACAUCAAAUCCAGCUUGAACAGACAAAAGUGUACCUCGAAGGAGGUUAUCUUCCAUCAGGUUCCACUAAGUAUCUGUCAAGUAGUCUUGUGAUUGUUAUGGAACCAUAACCCCGAAACAAGACUGCUGUAAUAUUGCUUCUAAUUUCUGGUGAUUUUAUUAACAAUUAAAAUGACUAUAUUUUAAAUUGUAGUCAACCACUUAAAUUUAUAACUGCAUUUAAACUAUAAUGAGGGAGCCGAGAAAAUGAGGUUGGUGGAAGACUUGGGUGUGAAUGAGCCAAUGCGUUGAAGCGAGAGAAUGGAAUCCUCGGGUCUGUGUUUCUGUGAAGCACAGCAGACGUGCAGCUCACAGCAGGGGCCUGGUCGCUCCGGACUGACUCCGGACUGACUCCGAACACUGUAUUUGUUGGGCUGAUUGUGGCUGUUAAAAAAACAAACAAAACAACCUCGUUUUCCUUUUGUGUAUUAGUGAUUUUUAAAACUACUUACUAAUGUAUUUGGGGAAGAUUUAUUGAUUUCCCCCUUGCUAAAAUUUCCCCCUUUAGCAGUUUCUCUUGCUAAAAUUAUUUUCAGUUACUGGAUGAUACCUUUUUUCUUUGAAAAGUAGUUAAGUUUAAAUUUUCUUUUCCGUAAGAAAUAUUAAGGAUAGAAACUAUUUUUGGAGUGUUAUCCAAGAGAACAACUAAAAUCUCUAAUUUUGCCAUAAAUGUGUUAGAUGUUUUUAUUCUCAAGGAAAAGGAGAAUAAAAUUAUUAGUGAAGGAAAAUGGAAAUUUUUUUUGGCUUUUGGUGGAUUCAUUUACUGCAGUUGCCUUGUGUUAGAAUUUAACUAGAAAACUAAGGCUAUUUUUAACCUGUUGGUAACCUACAGCAUUUGAAAGCAAAAGGAGUGGGGAAAUGUCCUAUUUGUUUUUUAAUUGUUGCAGAGUAAGAGUGAAUAACCGUGACAGGUUAAAGUGCGGUGAGUGAAUGUUCUAUAUUUGCAAACAGAUUAUGUUUUACAAGUGACUCAUUUAGUAUAGGCAAUUUUAAUCAUAAUACCAAAACCAUAUUUGCCUGAAAAAUUGAAUCCUGAAGUCUUAUAGAAAACAUAAUAGAACACUGUGUUUAAAAGGUAGUCAUGUGGGUGAUACAACCUAAACAGAUACCAUUUAUGAAUUGUUGUCGAAGUCUCAUUCAGGAAGAUAAUCUUU